UCAGUGUCUGAUGACGAAUUUCCCCACAAAUCAUUAUCACUCAAUUCUGCAAGUGGUUCUAAUUUACUAUCGCUGUUCUCUAGCUGGUAUAAAACCACUUUUGACCUAAAAAGGACGCUUUUUGGACGCCAUGGACGUUUCUCAGUUUCCAGGCAGAAAGAACAGUAAAAAUGCAGGCAGGGCACAGGACAAAGCACUAGGGACAAAAUGUAUGUGAAAUGGUUUGAUACAGUAAUGUUAUACUAUGGGAUUUUAGAUUUGAAUAUCACAUUUUUUAAUUUUUUAACUUCCCGCCGGUUCCGCCCCCCCCGUAUGUCCAGACGCUUGCAGGAAACGGAACCCGGAAGAUGGAUGCCAGCAUUGGCCGGAGGAGAUGGCGGGGGACACUGUAGG